UGAUUUGAAAGCUAAAACGAAAACACAAUUCUGAAAUCCCUGCUUCCAAAUCCAAUACCCAACAAAAUGGCGUGCUCUUACGCGCCCUUACUCGAACACAUUCCCUCAUCACAACGACGGAAAUUAGCGCGUUCCGAUUCCAUUGAUUCUCACUCCCAAAACGACCGUCGUUUACUCUUCUCCUCCACGCCUCCACUUGAUGCCACUGUCAAAAAAGAAUACCAAGAUUGCGAUUCACAGGUUGCAACAUGAAGAAGACUCAAGCAUGAUUAUGCCCUAGUUUGAAACAGGUAACGUGUUCAAUGGUUCAGAAUGAUGCUAUUCGUGUGGAGAAAACCAAUGCGAAUACGAGUAUUUUUCCGCUAUGUCCGACAAUUUGUGAUGUUCCUGUUACUGUGAAGGUAGAAGAUUCUGAGAUUCUAUUGAAUUCUGUUGAUAACGGGGGAACUGGAAAUGAAUCUUUUCAGUUAGAUUUUCCUGUCCUGAUGGUUAAAGAGGAGAUUUAUGAAAGCAAUUUUGAUGAUUUAGAUCAUGUUGUACUGAAAGAAAGGCAAAGGAUGCUGCUAGCUAGGAGGCUUCCAGUGCUACCAAAUCCAGCUUUUGAGGCUAAUAUUGGAGGAUUGUCUGAAAACAUUACGGAACAAACUGUUGAAAAAGUAAAUGGUGAUAUUUUUUCUGUUGAUGGAAAAAUAACUGUUGCUCGAGAUCAGUGUCAUGACACAUUCAAAGGAAAGAAGCAAUUUGAUUCACACGGGGAACAAGGUAUUGUGCCUAUAGAUAAGGACGUCCCAAGUAGUUCAACUUGUCCAACCUCUGGCAAAAUCAAGGAUGAACCUUGGGAUAACAAUGAAAUCAACAAUCUUAACAAGGAUGCGAUGUGUAGCAUCUCUGUCAAACUGCCAGAUGUUAAAAGUGAACAGGAAGUCCAUGACGACUUUAAUGAUGAUCAAGUGGAACAUAUGAGUUUAACCGAUCGAUUAAACUUUCUCAUGGCCAGAGAGGAUUCUAGAGUAAAUAUUCCUAUGAGCUACUCAUAUUUGAAGAAGAAUAAGCCUUCUUCCCCUGAGUCAAGCUAUAACUUUUCAGCAUCUGCAGAACCUUCAAGCAUCAAAUGUGCACGAAAAAGAAAGAAAACAGCCACUGAUUCAGUUGAAACAGCACUUGAGGAGGAUGCCCCUGGCCUCUUGCAGGUAUUGCUAGACAAAGGUGUAUUUGUAGAUGAAAUUAAGCUUUAUGGAGAGACAGGGAAUGAUGAAGCUCUGGACGAAUCAUUUUGUGAAGAUAGCUUUUCAGAGCUUGAAGAUGUGAUAACAAAUAUUUUCUCUCAGCGCCACUCUUUCAUAAAAUUCCCUUUGGUUCGCGCUGGAAAGGGUUCGAGAGCGAGUUAUUGCUUAGCUUGUUUAAUCUCACUUGUGGAGCAGACACGACAUUUGAAGCUUCAAAAAUGGCCUGUCGAGUGGGGUUGGUGCCGAGAUCUUCAAUCAUUUAUUUUUGUUUUUCAUAGGCAUAACAGGAUAGUGCUGGAACGCCCUGAAUAUGGUUAUGCUACGUACUUCUUUGAGCUGGUACAAUCCUUACCUGUUGAGUGGCAGAUCAAGCGGUUGGUGGUUGCUAUGAAGCUGACUACCUGCAGCAGGAUUUCCAUUAUUGAGAACAAAGCAUUAAUGGUUGGAGAAGAUUUAGCUGAAGGUGAGGCAAAGGUGUUGAUGGAAUAUGGCUGGACCCCAAACAGUGGACUGGGAACCAUGCUUAACUACCGUGACAGAGUUGUGCAUGAUAGGAAGAGUGAGGACACUUCAGAGUGGCGAUCUAAAAUAGGGAAGUUGCUGAUUGAUGGUUAUCUUGGUGGAACCAUAGUGAUGCCCAACAUCCCAAAAAGAGUUGCAGAUUACAGGUGUGAUUUAAAUCCCAACUUAAACUCUAGUGUUCCGAUGAAUGAUUAGAGGAUAGUAGCUUGUGUAGAAAGGGUUUUCUUAUGUAAAUGUAGUGUAUUUGUAUUGUGUCUGUUCUUCAGAUCGAGACUUGGCUUUGGUUUUGUAGUUAAGUCUCAAUCUGAAAACUUAAAAUAUUUAUCUCUAACUAUAACGUAACCUCAAAAGGAAUAUAAUGUACCUCUAACAAUUAGAAUCCAGAGUUGGUUUUUUACUUUGUUUAAGGAGAUUGUAUGUUUUUU